AUGGCGCCUAUUGUGAAAAAUAUAUUACAUGCUGGGCAAAAGUAUAUUCCUAUUACAGAUGGUAGCAAGGCUCACUUUCAUUUCCAAACUUGGAAGCUGGGAAAAGAAAGAACCCUUGUCGACGAUAGUAAAAAGAUUGGAAAAAAGGAGCCAAUGGUAUUAGUAAUUGGUCACAAAUUUAAAUUAGAGGUUUGGGAAACUAUAGUCAAAAUGAUGGCAGUUGGAGAAGUCUCUAGUUUUAUUGUGCAAAAGGAGCUGGUUUAUAGUUAUCCUUUUGUGUCUAAAACCUUAAGAGAACUAGGACAAGAGCAAAAAGUUAAACAUUCGUGCACAAUGACUUUGCACACAGAAGGCAUUGGAUAUCCUGAUCUUGAUGACUUAAUAAGUAAUCCCUGCGAGUUGGAGUUCAUUAUAGAACUGUUGCAAGUUGAGAAGUCAGAUGAAUAUGAGAAGGAACUCUGGCAGCUCAAUAUAGAACAAAGACUGAAAUUAGUACCUGAACUAAAAGAGAAAGGCAAUAAGUUAUAUGCUGAAAAACAGUACAGCAAAGCUGAAGACUGCUAUGGGCAGGCACUGGCUAUUCUGGAGCAAUUAAUGAUUAGAGAGAGAAAGAAAGAUGAAGAAUGGAUAACUCUUAAUAACCUAAAACUACCCAUUCUUCUAAACUAUGCACAAUGCAAGCUUCUCAAAGAUGAUUAUUAUGCAGUUUUAGAGCAUUGUAAUACAGUUCUUGAACAUGACAAAGAUAAUGUCAAAGCACUAUACCGACGCGGCCGUGCGCACGUUGGUGCUUGGAAUCCUGAAGAAGCAGAAAAAGACUUUUUGCGAGUGAAAGAACUUUGCCCUACUCUAGCUGCAGGCAUUAAUAAGGAACUGGAUAAUAUUCGAUCGCUAAAAAAAGAGAAAGCUGAAAAAGACCGAGACGCGUUGAGGAAAAUAUUUGAUAAAGAACGUGAUGAAACAUAA